AUGCCUGUCUUUAACCCAAAGGCCUACGGAUGGCCUGUGGUUAAAUCAAAGACUGACGGAUCUUCCGGAAAUUGUCAGCAGUCACCUCGACCUCCAACUCCACCAGCUCAUCCUGGUUGGAUCUUGAAACCUCGAGGACAGCCACAUCAACAGUCGAAAUCGGCAGCUGGGCACUCGGUGCGGAGUGAAUCGGCAACUCCAAACGAGAUUCACAAGCAUCCAGCACCAGAUCACAGAGCGGGAGCUUCAUCGCGAGCCUCAAACGAAGCCGGAAUUGUGAAGAGCACUUCGCACAACCCCGCGCCAGGCUUGUCCACAUCAAGUCAAGAUGUCACAAGCGCCACUACCCCGACAGGCUACAAGCUGCCUAAAUUCAACAAGUUUGCCUACGGACAUCCAAAAGCAAGUCACUCAAGUCAGGGACGUGAUCCAGCCCACAAUCCGAGCAAUCCACCUGGUCUUGCACAAAGUGGUCCCCAGUCUGUUCACGACACGAAAACCGCACCUGAACCCAGCCUCAAAGAAGUCAAUCCCAGUUGUAGAGGCCCAGAAUCCCAACAGAACAUCUCUGAACACAACGUCACAGACCACAACCCUCACACAAGUACUCCUACUCAGAAGAAAGUUCCUGUGGCAAAUGGCCAAAGAUUCCCACCUUCAGCUUCGAGCUUCGCACAGAACAAUGUUUCUGACAAGCAGCAGCGUCUUGAUCCCGAACCAGGAACCAAUUCAUACAACCACGUUGCCUCACGUCCUGAAGGAAAGAGAAUGAGCGGCGCAAAAUCACCACCUGCCACAUAUGAAACGCUGAAGAGGGCGGGUGAAACUCCUGAACAGGUAAUUGCCCGACUUCAGCUGGCUGGCACUCGUGAGGUCGGUCUUCGGAUGCGACGCAAGGCCAAAGGUGAGCCCAUCACCACUGGUCUCAAUGUCCUCGACUUGCUUCGAAAACCACUGCCGCCAGGAGAAGUCGACCAUAGUGAACCAUUGCCGAGAGGGGCAAACGCUUUGUUGCCGCACGACCCCAAUUUAGGCAUCCGUGAAUCACAACAGGGACGUGUGGCUCCCGCUGAAAAGAAAGCCCUUCAAUCUCAAGAACGGAAACGAGAUGUUCGUCAUUCUUGGCAUCAACCCAAUGACGACGGUGGUACUACUUCCAAACCUUAUGUAGAAGGUACCACUGAUAUCACUGUUCCGGUUGUUCCAUCCAAGUCAGGCCGUCGUCGGUGGGCCACUGCUGCAGAGAUAAAAGCACCCAGCAUCAAGCCAGACAGCAAUGCCGAAGGAUCUGAGGAGCUGAGCGACGACGACUCUAUCAGACCAAUGGGGGGAGGGUUUGGCAGACUCGUUCGGAGCCGAGAGCCAGUCGUUGGCGAGUCGAGCCUUCGCGGCUGGGAUGGCAACAUGCAGCCACCGCCUCUUGAUUGGGAGUAUCGGCCACGUUUCUACAACAACACUCCCGAGUACCUCAGUGGCUUUGACAGCUGGCUCGGUGAAACCACAGUGCGCACAAUGCAGAGUGUAAGCGCAUCGGCAAAGACAGCCAAAGAACAAAACUCGCCAAACAUUGAGUUUGGAAUACUCCCCGCCGAUUUGGUUCGCAACCCCGACAACCACCCUGAUGGUAUUGGUUUUGUGUCAAGAGACACGAUCGUCGACCCCAAUAGCAAAGCAAAUUACCCACUCAGACAACAUGGAGAAGUCAUGAUACACCCGACACCACCCCCGGCUGACUUCGAGGCUCGCACCCAGCUCGAUCCCAGAGAUUCUUGCAGCCGCGAGUUCAGGGACGAGACAGCUCAGAUGUUCAUCGAUAGGCGGAUGUUACACCUGGAACGUAGCAAGAAGGAAGCUGAAGCUCGAGUGUUGGCGCAGCAGCAAGAAGAUGCUGCCGCAGCAGAUCCGGAGCCGGUCGAGCCAGCUCCUGCAGUCGCUCCUGUCAAAUCGAACAUCUACCUCCGCCCCGCGGUCAGAUCGGAUUUUGCCGGCAUGGCCAGAAUAUACAACUGGCAUAUUUCCAACGGUAUCCGACCGAGCGAACUGACGGAAAUCACUGAACAUGACAUGGAAUCUCGCCAUGAUACAUCCGUGUCUGCUCGUCUGCCAGUCAUUGUGGCUGUGGAACGCAACCGAAAAAACGCUCGCGACAAGCCACCACCUCGUCGAGUCAACCCAGCCCACCCAAUCCAUAACAUCGAUCCUAACUACAACGCGGUAGUCAAGGAUGAAAACGUCGUUGGCUGGGCCGCUGCUACCGACUGGUCUGCGUGCGACUACAUCGAAGCCAUCACAGCCGAAAUCGAGAUAUAUGUCGCUCCAGAGUUCCGCAAGCAGGGUGUCGGACGGUGUCUGAUGGAUACACUUCUCGACGCAACUGACCGUGGUUAUAUGCGAAAGGGUGGCUACAACUUCCAUGUGGCGCCCGAGGCUCAGCACAUGUACUCAUGCGGAGGCGGGCGCGAUCUUCACAAAGUCAUAUUCCAAGUCCGUUCGUUCAACAAACCGUUCACGCCCGGACAGGUUUACCGUAUGAGUCAACCCGUGCAGACUGCACAUGGCCGGACCUGGGACACGACAAAUAGGCAUGGGGACGACAAAGAGCCUGAAUCGUUGUCGCCGAAAAACAAAGAUUUUUCCAAGGAAGCCAAGAUUGACGAUCGCGAAGAUGACUACACUGUCUGGUUGAAGGAGUGGCUCGAGUCUUUCGGUUUUGUGGAGGAGGCCUGCUUGAAGAAGAUCGGAACCAAGAACAAGAGAUUUGUCGACGUGCGCUACCUCACCCGCGAGACGUGCUGGCAGCCUGCCGAUCGCAACAUACCGGACUUUUCUAAUGGAAUCUGA